AUGGUCGCGAAUAAUUAUAAUGAAGAAUCAAUUGACGCAUAUGAUGUACGACGUUCUAGAGAAAGCCGUGUAAAAUUAGCAAUUUUGAUUAUUAUUGGAGUUUUAAUUGCUGGUUUUGCUACUUGGAAUAUUUGGCGGAUGGUGGAGGCUAUACAGUCUCCUGUUGUCAGUGUAAGAAAUGCGAAUCGAGCUGAAAUACCAGGUGAACCCUGUAACGAAUAUCUUACAAACGCAAGAUAUGACGGCACCAAUUUUGUAAAUAUGAAGGGUUUUUAUAACCUAACUGGGCAAUUUUGCUAUAUCUUUGACCCUCAAAAGCCUGCCAAUGAUUCAUCAGGCCCACCUCUUAAAUAUAAUAAUGCGACACAGAAAAUUGCAUUGGCUUUAUAUUCCAGUAAAAAAGCGAAUAAUACACUAGGAGCAAUUACAAAUGAUGAAUGGUAUUUCUUUGGCGUAUUCACUGAGCGGGAAGAUCCUACCAAAGUUAGAUUUCAAAUAGUGAAAAUGCCUGCAAUAUCUUAUCUUUACUUUAAACGUACCGAGAUAAAGCAAAACAUCAAUCUAGAUGCGAUCACUGGUGGCGGUACAGGAGAUACAGCAUACGAUCCAACUGCAGAUGUGCAACUGGACACGUCAUUUACCAGUUUUGAAAUAUCUGGAUUUGGCAUUGGCCCUACUCUUUGGUGUAUUUUCCGAAUUAUUCCGCAAAAUUAUAAAACUGAUCCAAAGACAGACACACAAAUUUAUCCCAUUCAAAUGUGGUUUAGACGUGUUGAAUUCACAUUGUUGCAAUUGACUGCUAACAUGGGUGGUUUUGUGAGUAUUCUAAGCGCAAUUUAUUUCAUUCUGCUCGGAUCGAGACGUGUUGAUCCGUGGGGUGUAGUUCAGAGAUAUGUAAUUCCACCUGCUUAUACACCAACCGUAUUCCCAUACACCGAUACAAAGCAUCAUCCACAGGAUGAUCCAUCGUCAAAUACACCACAUACACAAGCUGAAACCUUAUACGGUAAUUUAUCGGAGACUCAGAAUUCACAGAGAUUUGGUGGUACAUCUACAUCAUCAUCAGUAUAUCAACCUAGCGAAGUUGGGGUAGUUCCAGGAAUGUAUCUACCUCAAGAUGAUUACAAUGAUCCACAAAUUCAGCGUUUAAGAAAUGAAUUAAGGGCCGAAAUACAAGGAAUAAUUGCUCAGGAAAUUGGAAAAUUGAGAGUAUACUUGAGUAAAUAUUAUUUCCGGGAUCUUGCACCAGAGGAAUCACCAUAA